AUGGCGAUCACCGGUGAGAACAGCUGCGGUGAUGAUGACGACGAUGCACUUUACGCCGCCACCGAGAUGCUGGAGGCCAGAACGGGACUAGAUUUUCUAGUUUCCGUGCUCUCCCAUGAAAAAGAGAAGCCAGGUCCUGUCGCCUCAGUAGCAAACACUGGUGAAGCGUCUGGCCUCUGCCGCGGAGACGAUCGUCCCCAGCCCGCGCAUACUGCUAAGCCGGCCGUGCCGUCAGCAGCCGGACCGAGCGUCCGCUUGCCAUCUCGUGCGUCGUCGUCGAAGCCUCCGCCUCGUUACAAGCAGGCCGUGCUCCGUUGGGCCGAUCCUACAGAUCCUGGACGUCCUCUCGCUGAUGACGGCGAGUCGGUGACGGUGGCAAGUGUGGCAAGAGUGGGCUGGGCACGGUGCAACCGAUCUUCAGACCCAAGCCUUCAAGCGGCAUGCCGCGACGAACAAGCACCAGUUGGCCAUCAAUCACCAGAAGCAGAUGCUAGCUCAGGCUGGGAUGCGCGGCUGUCGGACCUCAUGUGCAUGGCAUUGCUGCCGUACGAGCCCGACUGGGCGGAGGUGGUGAAGAUCUGGAGGGCGUACAAGAAGCGCAAGCCCAUCACAACAGUGGCAGCACCAAAGAAGCAACCUAGUGCUAAGGGGAAAGAGAAGGUGGACGAGGAUGCUGCUAGUGGUGCUGGCUCUGGGUGGGGGACAGAGACCCCCGUGCACAGGCACGGUUCUAUGAGCGAUGGUGGUGGUAGUGACGAAGAUGAAGACAUGUGUGUGAUGUGA